UCCCUUCACUGAACCGUGCUUUGUAUGAUGUCUGAGAAUGUCCAUUUCUGGCACUCUCAGCAAUUAUUAUGUCGACUCUAUCAUAAGUCAUGAGAGCGAAGAUUCGCCUUCAGCUAAAUUUUCGUCUGGGCAAUACUCGGGUUCCAGGCAAGCUGGCCACAGUGAGCAUCUAGAAUUCCCCUCCUGUAGUUUCCAGCCAAAACCUCCAGUUUUCAGCGCCUCCUGGACUCCUUUGAAUCCACAUUCUUCUGGCACCCUUCCUGCCGUCUACCAUCCUUAUAUUCAACAUCAAAGCGUCCCAGCUGAGAGCAGGUACCUCCGGAGCUGGCUGGAGCCCGUGCCCAGGGCAGAGACCCUCCCCGGGCAGGGAUCUGUUAAGGCAGAGCCGCUGCUGGGCCGUCCCGGGGAUGUCCAUAAACAGGGAACACAGGAGUACAAUUUAGAAACUUCUGCUGCAAGGGAAGGGAUCGUUUCCAAUCAAAGGCCCAGCUUCGAGGACAAUAAAGUUUGUGAAGGAAGCGAAGACAAAGACAGGACAGAUCAAACCAACCCCGCUGCCAGCUGGCUGCACGCCCGCUCCUCCAGGAAAAAGCGAUGCCCCUACACCAAAUACCAGACCCUGGAACUGGAGAAGGAGUUUUUGUUCAAUAUGUACCUGACGAGGGACCGUAGGCACGAGGUGGCCCGGCUCCUCAACCUGAGCGAGAGACAAGUCAAAAUCUGGUUCCAGAACCGGCGGAUGAAAAUGAAGAAAAUGAACAAGGAGCAGGGCAAGGAAUGAAAGAGCAGAAAAGCCGCAGCACCGCCUCCUCAGACCCCCUUUCCCCCCGCUUGGUGCUGCCAAACCCCCCCCAAAAAAACAGGGGGAGACCCUUCCCCGAGUCCCAUCUCCACUUUUGCAUGCGAGAUGUUGUUAAUGAACCUUUUCUAAAUCUCUUUCCUUAGCCUUGCCACGCUGGAGGCAACUUAGCCCCAAGUGCGGCUCCUUUUUGGGGACACGCGCUGGGGUUUGUUUCUCUUUUCUUGCUCCCUUUUUGUCUUUUUUCCCCUCUUUUUUUCUCCCCCCUUCUCCCCGCGGUGUGACAGAGCACAGGCUCCUGUUGGAGCAGCUUUCCCCCCCCCUUUUUUUUUCCGUGGAAAAGCAAAGACGGCCGCCACAAAACUGGCCACCACCAAACCUCGCUGUCUUUUCUUUUCUCCAAGCAAGGACAAAGAUUUUCCCCCACCCCACCACCACCACCCCACAACCCCCCAGACGCUCGCACUCGCCCGCCGAGGUGGCUGAGGAGGAACCAGACGAUUUAAUUAAACUCCUGCAAGACAGA